AUGUCGGUGCUGUACUUGGCGGUGAUGAGCGGAUCUUUGCCAACCGUCAGAUCGAUAACGACCAGGUGCGGCAACGCGUCGUCUGCCGGCCUGAGCUCACAGAAUGCUCUGCACGCCGCCGUUUUCCAGGGCUCAGAAAUGGUGAGGCUACUACUCGAGUGGACGCCAUGUGGCCCAUCCCUGGCUAGCCAAGCCGACGACACCGGCAGCACUCCACUUCAUUUCGCCUCGUCCACCGGCGACCACCUCUCCGUCGUAGGCGCCAUCCUACGCGCCGUGCCGCCGUGCGUGGUGCGCAUGCGGGACUCCGGCGGCCUCUCCGCUCUCCAUGUCGCGGCGGGGAUGGGCCACGACCGCGUCGCCGAGUCGCUGAUCAAGGCCUGCCCCGACGCCGCCGAGCUCCGGGACGACCACGGCGGGACCUUCUUGCACGCCGCGGCCAGGGGAGGCCAGCUCAAGGUGGUGCGGCUGGCCAUCAAGAAACGAACGCUGCGCGGCCUCCUGAACGCACAGGACGGGGACGGCAACACGCCGCUCCACCUGGCGGUGGCCGCGGGCGCGCCGGCCGUUGCGGAGGCCCUGAUGGGGAAGGGCAAAGUGCGGGACGACGUCAUGAACAAUGACGGCCAGACGCCGCUAGACCUCGCUGUGAGAUCGACCAGCUUCUUCUCCAUGGUCAGCCUGGUGACGACGCUGGCCGCGUUCGGAGCGCAGUCCCAUCCCAAGAGGCGGGACCGCGUGCAGCAGUGGGACGGCCGCGAGAUAACGAAGGCGAUAGAGAAGACGUCUGACAGCCUCGCGGUGAUCGCCGUCCUCGUAGCCAGUGUCGCCUUCACCGCCGCCAACAGCCUGCCCGGCUCAUACGAGCAGAGCGGCGGCGGCACCAAUCCCGAGGGGAAGGAGGUCAUCAAAGGCAUGGCGGUCCUUCAACAUGAGCCCAUCUUCAAGUGCUUCCUCAUCCUGGACAGCUUCGCCUUGGUGACCUCCGUGCUCGCGGUUGUCCUGCUCCUCUACGGCAAGGCGUCGCGCUCCGCCGGGUCGUGGAAGAACUUCGCGGCGGCGCUGCACUGCCUGUGGCUGUCCCUGGUGAGCAUGGUCCUGGCGUUCUACGCGGCCCUGGCCGCCGUCACGAGCACGGCGGCUGUCCGCGGCAUCGCCUACAACAUCAUACACAAUGCCCUUUUCGUGCUGUUGGCCGUGGUCUCGCACUUUGUCAGCCCUCGGGUGUCGUCCCGCAUGCUAUCCAAGUACCUGUGGCAAUGUGGCUCUAGAGGACGUCGCAGUGUCGUCGUGCAGCAAUAUCCACUCGUCGGCGCUUUCGUGCGCAACCUGAUUCUGUUCAGGGUUGCAAAUUGUGUUGUAGUGCUUGUGCUUGUGGGCGUUACCACGGUCUUAGCACUUCGGUGA